AUGUUUCGCAAAAGCACGCUGCAGCAGGCACAUGCGUUAAACCUACGUGGUUGGGUGAGGAAUGAGCCGGACGGUUCCGUGAGUGGCGAGGCCGCUGGUCCUACGCAACACGUGGAACGUCUGCGCGACUAUCUUCACAUUGGACCUCGGGAGGCUCGUGUCGAUAAUGUCGAUGUCAUGUUUAUCAAGCACCAUGACAUAUCCACGUCAACACUUCCGAUGCCGUUUGAAAUUCGGUCAUAA